AUGUCUGAAGCGCCCGCCGCCACCACCGAGAAGUUCACGCUCGACGUCUUCCCCUCAGCCCCGAUUGCAGAGGUUUCUCCGCUGAUCUAUUCGGGCUUCAUCGAGCAUCUCGGGCGCUGCAUCUACGGCGGCAUCCUUCCCGCGCGUCCUACUGACUGGCCCCAUACGGCGCGUAAACCAUGCCCGCCUGAACACUUCGUUGAGACGCCCAAGAACUUGCUUACGCCUGAGGGCUUUCGCGCGGACGUGAUUGAGUGCAUUCGCGAUGAGCUGAACGUGCCUAUGAUGCGCUGGCCGGGUGGGAACUAUGUCGCCACUUAUCAUUGGGAAGAUGGUGUUGGGCCGCAAGAGACCAGGCGUAAGCGGCCAGACUUGGCUUGGGGUGGGGAAGAGCCGAACUCCUUUGGAACCGAUGAAUUCAUUCAAUGGUGCCGUGUGGCGAAGACUGAACCCUAUCUCUGCUUCAACAUGGGUACCGGUACUCUGGAGGAGGCCCUGAAUUGGGUGGAGUACUGCAAUGGUACCGGCGAUACCUACUAUGCCAACUUACGCCGCAAGAACACCGGUCAUGAUGAACCUCACAACGUCAAGUACUGGGGAAUUGGAAACGAAUGUUGGGGACCGUGGAUUGUUCGCCAACAGACGGCAGAGGAGUAUGCUGCUGCCUGUCGCCAAUGGGCGCAUGCGCUGAAGCUCGUAGACCCUUCGCUUAUCCUUGUGUCAUGCGGUCAAACUGGCCUUGACGAAUGGGAUAACGUCGUCCUAGGGCGCAACAUCGACAAGGUUCAGUUACACAGCAUCCAUCUCUACACGUCCUUCGGCCCCCGCAACCGUUCGGACAAGACUGAGGAAUACAACCGCGCUGUAUACGGACCCACCGCCGCCGAGCAUGGUAUUGAGAUUGCGCGAGGUCUUAUCGAAAAGGCGACUGUCGAACAUACCGCGAAGGUCGACGCCGCGCCAUCCAUUGUACCCGGAGAGAACAUUGUACCCCGCGUACGACUCGCAUUCGACGAAUGGGGCGUCUGGGAUGAGCUUGUUGGUACACCUGAGAAUGGUCUCCAGCAGCCAUACGAUCUCAAGGACGCGCUCGCGUUCGGCGCGUGGCUGAACGUCUUUGUCCGUCAAUCCGCCUCCAUCGGCCUCGCAUGCCUCGCACAAGCCGUAAACGUCAUUGCGCCUCUCAACACGCGACCCACGGGCGUACUCCGUCACCCGACGUACCACGUUCUUCGCCUGUACUCGCAAUAUAUGCGUGGUACAGCCGUUCGCGUCGCUUUCGGAGGGUCUGCUCCUGGACCGACGUACUCCGGCGUAACGCUGCCAGAAUGGGCUGGCCGAGUCCGCGGUGCCGCGGACGUGCUUGAUGCGAGCGCGGUACUCGUCGAGAAGAACGGCGUGCGCAAGUUGCGUAUCGCCGUCGUAAAUCGCGACGCGGACGCGGACUUGACCGUACCUUUACGCAUCGCGUUUGAGACGCCGAAGGGAAAGUGCACCGUGCACGAAGUCUGGCAUGCCGAUGCAUGGGCACGCAACGAGUGGGAUAACCCGGAUAACGUCUCCAUCAAGACAUCCGAGAAGGACUGGACAUCUUCUCAUACGUUCAAAGCUCAUUCGUUCACAUUGAUAGAACUCGCGCUGUAA